CAGGACUCCCUCUCCGUGGCUACGUAACUCGGAGUGACUCCGGGUUUCGGCGUCCCAUUUCGAAAAUGGGGAUGACUACUUCAUGCCUGCUCCACACGGCCGCUGGAAGGAGAGCAUUAAAUAAUGUAGAGUAAAGCGCCUUGCAAGCGGCAGGGAUCGACAAGCCUGUCACGACUAACUGCGAUUUUUUGGCAACUCAGCCCAGCAGAGGGAAUCCUAGCUCAAAUUCCGCAGCUUCCGGCCAGCGCGGGAGGGCUCAGUUGUCGGCACCCCGAUAUUCACCCCUGCGGCGCCUGGCGCUCUCCUCCUGAGCGCUGAGGUACAAGGUAGAUUUUCUCUUUCGCAGCUUCAUCUUCUCGUGGGAGCGAUUCUGGAGACCACGGAAAGACAGGCGGCUAUCACCGCCGUCCUGCUGCAUUCCGCACCUGCUUCGCAGCCCUCCACGGAUACCCCGCCGCAACCUUUGCCUACCGAGGGAAGGCAGAGGCAAGGCGCUUACAAUUCCGCUCACUAAGUUUGGUCACUGCGAGGAGCCGUCUUUCCAAGGCGCGGAGGUAGUCGGGACAGGGCCUUCGCGCGGAAGUCAACCGUGAGAGGUGGUCCCUAAGAUCAAAUAGUGCUGGUUUGGUCGAUGCUGUUAAAUUUUCCCGCAGGGUCGCUGGCCUUUCCCUGCAACAUUUCAUUCACGCAGGAUUGUUGCCCAACUCUGGCUUGUGUCUGCGUCCGAAAGUUCGAAAACUCUCGUAAGGAGCCAGAUCUCACUUCGGUCGGAGCAGAUCUGAAGAGAUUUCCUGGAUGUGGGAACAUAGCUUCAACCUGCAUUGUGCUGAAUUUGUUGAAAACAAUGUUUAGGAGACUGACUCUUCCGCAACUGCUUUUUGCUAGCAUCCUUGGAGUUGCUGGGGGGAUGUAUAUUUACCAACCAGUAUUUGAACAAUAUUCCAAAGAUCAGAAGGCAUUAAAAGAAAAGUUGAAAUUGGCACAAGAAUUAGAAGAGAAGAAAAGUUAAUAUUGAACUGUAAUGAUUACUUAAAGUUCCAUUGAAAUUAUACUUUGACUGUAAAUAAUCUAGUAAAAACUUGUAAGAUAUAUUCUAAGCAUAAGUAAACUGUGGAUAAUGAUUUAAAAUGUUUUUUUAAAAUAGUAUUGUCAAUUUUAGCAUUCAUAGUGCUUUUAUUUGCAUUUUAUGUCAUCUCAUCAGGACAAAUUAGUAGGUAGAAAUGAAUGUCAAGAGUAAUAUUUGAUUUCCUAUUCAGGGUUUAUUUUUCUGAGAAUGUAACAUGCAAUUUCAUGGGACGACAAUCUAGGUGUGUAUAAAAUAGCUGCAAAUGGUGUUUAUAAUAGUGUAAGUGAAGUGAACUAAGUUUACCACCUCUGGCAGAAAGUCCCUCAGUUAGUUUGAAUUAGCCUGAUUUAAUAUACUUCAGCAGUCUUUCAACCCAAUCCAUUUCUCAUCCCAGACAGAAUGGAGGAGUGAUUGAGAAUUGGGAUGGCUCAGGACAAAUUGAGGUUUUAGAAAGAACAGAUGAUGUUAAAAGAGUAGCAAAUAUGACACACGUAUUUGUUCAUCCCACUAAACAAAUUUGCAGUAAUAAUGGUGGUAAGGAAAGAGUUAGUUUGUUAUAAAGCUAUUAUUCAUAUAAAGUUUUUUUAAUUGGCUAAGAACUGAUAAUACUUUUUACUCUAACAGUCUUAAGCUUGUUAUAAUCAAUGAGAGCUAUAAAUAUAAUCACAUGUGCAAAUGCUUUAUUUAGAUUGACACUUUUAUUAUUGAUGUUUUCUUGAAAAGUAAAUUCAAUAACUUAAUCUCAGCUAUUAAUGUUAAGUGAAGACCAGCAUGGUAAUUUUUUUUUUUUAAUGAAGAAAAAAAAUUGCAAAAGUAAUAUAUGUUUAUUUAAAAACUCAAACAGAGAAGCUAAGAUAUGUAAUCCAGAGUUUGUCCCCAGAAGAAGCUAAGA